AUGCACGACCAUGUAGCUGAUGGCGGCCGCGAUAGACUCUGGGUUGAGCCGCACGUCGAGGACGACCUCCAGCCUCCGCGCCACCAUCGCUCUCGCUCUUCUCCAUCGACUGCUAUGCUCCUCGGCGUCGGCAGCGGGGGGCCAGCGCAGCCGUCAGGAGGCAACCGGCUGUCGUCGCUGCUGUUCCUCUGCAAGCCCGUCGACCUGUCGUCACGCGCGCCUCUCGGCGCUGCCUGCGCGAUCCCGCGCCUCCCCUGCGCGCUCCCCGCGCCCCGCGCCUCCGCGCGAUCAAUGGCCGGCUUCUUGCCCGCCUCUCCCGCUGCUGCCGUGGCCGCUGCCGAUGCCGCGCCCCAGGAGACCGCUGCCGACGCUGCAGGCCUGGACGCCGCUCGCGCCCAGCGUCAGGCCACGCGCAACGCCGCCCUAGCCCGUGCCAUAGCCGCCGAGGCCACGGCCGCCACUGCCGCUUGGGACCGCGACGACGCUGAGGCUCGCAUCCGCGAGGCCCUGGCGCUCGCUGCCGCAGCCUGCCAGGAGGCCAACCCGGCUUCCGAUGACAACUCCUCGUCCACAACGACGCCGACGACAACCUGGACGCCCGCCGCGCCCUGCUGA